AAAAUGGGAAUCUGAUGCGUGAUGGAUCUGUUUGAUAGACGUGAUGAGAAGUCGGAGUUGGCAGCUACAAAUGUGGACACCUUCGUCCCGUUGGCGCGCUUCUCUGCCUGGCUCGAGUGUGUAUGCGUUGUUACCUUCGAUCUGGAGCUCGGACAAGCCAUAGAGCUGGUCUAUCCACAGGAUGCUAAGCUAACAGAGAAAGAGAAAAGCAGCAUAUGUUACUUAUCCUUUCCUGACUCGUACUCAGGAUGCCUUGGGGACACACAGUUUAGCUUUAGGCUGCGCCAGUCUGUGGGGCGAGUGAGUGGCUCAUGGUUUGGAGAGAAAAAUGGUUACAGCUGCAAUGUACCACCAAUACUUCAAAAGGAACUGGCACAUUUCUAUGGCUAUGUGUACUUUAGACAAGUAAAGGAUGUCUCCAUCAAAAGGGGCUAUUUUCAGAAGUCUCUGGUGUUGGUAUCCAGACUGCCAUAUGUGCAGUUGUUCCAGACUGUUUUGAAGGUCAUUGCUCCGGAGUACUUUGAUAAGUUAGAGCCUUGUUUGGAGGCAGUAUGCAAUGAGAUUGACCAGUGGCCUAUGCCUGUGCCAGGCCAGACCCUCACUUUACCUGUAAUGGGUGUUGUUAUGCAGGUCAGAAUUCCUUCAAAAGAUGAUAAAACAGGAGAAAGUCCUACUAGAGAGGGAGUACAAAAUGAGAAACCUCUUCCUGCUCUUAUGGUUCUUCCUACUAUCCAUGAACUGGAUCUUUUUAAGUGUUUCCAGUCUGUCCUAAUUCACCUGCAGAUGCUCUGGGAGCUGAUGUUGCUAGGAGAACCAGUGGUCAUCAUGGCUCCCUCACCCACUGUCUGCUCAGAGAUGGUGCUUGCCCUAGUAAGUUGCAUCAAUCCACUGAAGUAUUGCUGUGAUUUUAGGCCCUAUUUCACUAUCCAUGACAGUGAGUUUAAGGAGUACACUACCAGGACGCAGGCACCGCCAAAUGUAAUCCUGGGUGUUACAAAUCCUUUCUUUAUUAAGACUUUUCAGUGCUGGCCUCACAUCUUGCGCCUUGGAGAGUUGAAGAUGGCUGGAGAUCUGCCAAAACAGGUUAAGGUCAAGAAACUGGCCAAGUUGAAAACCUUGGAUACAAAACUUGGGUUAUACACAGUGUACAAAACAUUUCUUCACAAAGACAAAGCUAUUAUCAAGCGACUCAUAAGGGGAAUUCAGAGGAAAAGGCCUUCUGAGGUGCAAAGUUUCAUUUUGAAACGCCAUUUUUUAGAACUGACACAAAGCUUCAAUAUUCCACUGGAGCGAUACCUGACCAGCUUGAUGCCACUGCAAAGAUCUGUGACUCCUUGGAAGACUCCUCCUCAGAUUAGACCGUUCAGUCAGGAUGAGUUCAUGGCCACUCUGGAUCAUGCUGGACCACAGCUUACCUCAGUGCUUAAAGGAGAUUGGAUGGGCCUUUACAAGAGAUUUUUUCGGUCUCCAAACUUCGAUGGCUGGUUUCGUGUCAAACACAGGGAAAUGACACAGAAAGUGGAAUGCCUGCAUCUAGAGGCCAUCUGUGAUGCUGAUCUGUUGACUUGGAUCAAAGAAAAGUCAGAAGUAGAGAUUGUUGACCUCGUUUUAAAAUUGCGUGAGAAGCUGAUGAGAGCUCAAAUGCACCACCUACCAGUGAAAGUGGAGCUGCUGAGCAAGCUGGAAAACAACAUUCAGACUGUAAUCAGCUCCCUGCCAGGGGAUCUACAGUCAGUACUGUGUAAACACUGACAUGUGGCCUACAACUGCACAACCUACAGACAAUCUGAACAACUCAAAACUAUUUAUAUGGACCAUCAGCUGCACAGUUGUCACUCAAGGACAGUCUCAUAUGUGAUUUGUGUUGUGUAACACUACAAAUGUACAUUGAUGGGACAAGUCUAACGACAGAAUAUGUUAAUUUUAUUUGGUUGUUUAAACAUUUAGUGGUAUUAACAUUUAAAGGGAAUAUUAAAAUAAACUGCAUUCAAAUCAGCAUAGUUUUGUGCAGUGGUGUAUAGUAACAAAGUAAUAAUACUUCGUAGUACUUAAGUAGUUUUUUGAAGUAUUUGUACUUUACUGGAGUAUAAAAAUUUUCGGCAACUUUCACUUUUACUCCACUACAUUUUCUAAAGAAAUUGUGUACUUUUACUCCGUUACAUUCGCUGUAUGUAAAUUCGUUACUCGUUACUACAGAAUGAAGGUAAAUGAUGUGAGAUGUGUGACGGACUGCACGCUGGUUUGGUGAAUCUGCGCUUGUAAAUUAGAUGGUGGUUAAACACAUUAAUGCGCAUGUGCAAACGUUCUCUAAAAGCUAUCGGAGUUUUCUAAAAGUGCGCAAGUGCGUCGUUCACCCAAAGACCCGCAAAUAUGGACAUUUCAGAAGCUCCAACACACUGAUGUAAGUUAACAAUGAUUAACAAAGUAAAGCUGUAGCAUCAACAUUGUUCAGAUAUCUACCUACCAUUUUUACCGAUUACAUUCGAACCACAAAUAAAACGUUUCAUAAAUCAUAAAA